AUGGACCUUGGGAGCAGAGGAAGAAUCCACUGCAACAUGAGGCUCACCUGCUCCCUGCUAAUCAUGGGAACAUUCUGUGUGACACCUUUCCUCUGCCAUAGCCAAAUUGAUCCACUAGCUCUUGGGCGAGCAGACCCUCAGUGUUGGGAAUCCUCCUCAGCUGUCUUACUGGAGAUGAGGAAGCCUCGCAUUUCUGACUCUGUCAGUGGCUUUUGGGACUUCAUGAUCUUCCUGAAAUCAUCAGAGAACUUGAAACAUGGGGCUCUGUUCUGGGACCUGGCUCAGCUCUUCUGGGAUAUCUAUGUGGACUGUGUGCUCUCCCGAACCCAUGGCCUAGGGAGAAGGCAGCUAGCAGAAGAUGAACAGAAGAUCACUACUCUACGUUCUCAUUUCACAGGGAGAAACCAAGGGAUAUUUUCUCAUAUUCAGAGGCUGCCAGUUCUGAAGAAGACAGACUUGUUUGAAGAUUUAACAAGUAUCCACAUGCAUAACAGUAGAUCUACAUUACUUGGAAGAAUCAUUGGAGAGCUAGGGAAAAAGAGGAAAUGA